AUGAUGCUUUCCCUUUCAGCGCUGCUGGUGGCAUCAUACACCUUUUCGGUGUCGGCAUACCCAGCUUCCCAGUUUCAGGUACCACUCCAGCCUCAAGACCACUCUCAAGGCUAUGAAUUCGAUCCCCUACUGCAUCUCCCCGGUAUUUCACCAUAUUUCGAUGCUGUAGGCUUUGGUCUUGAACAUACCGCACCCGUGGGAUGCAAGGUGACAGCUGCAUCCUACAUCAUUCGCCACGCAUCAAUCUAUGGAAAUGAUGAUGAGUAUCAAACAUAUAUCAGGCCAUUUCUUUGGAAGCUGGAACAACAUCGUCAAGGCUGGUCUGGCCCCUUGGAUUUUAUGGAGCAAUGGCAUUCCCCAAUCCUGGAAGAUCGGCUCGAGGAUAUUACACCUGCUGGUGCCGAGGAUGCUGCGAAAGUCGGAGAUCAUCUCCGCAAACGCUAUCCCGAACUAGCUCCAACGGUCAAAAGAAUACUGGCCGAUAAAAAGGCACGAACAUAUGACACCGCCCAGGCCUUGGUCAAAGCUUUCCCCCACGGCCAAGACGUCGAGGUUGUUCGUAUCCUGCACGACACGAAUGGCAGUAUGGAUGCCUUGGUGCCGCACAAGUCAUGUCCAGCCUUCAACAAAGAACCCGGGAAAGAAGAAAUGGCCAAAUUCGUCCAUCAUUAUGCCCAGCACGUCUCCACACGACUCGCCCCAUUCACACCGUUUGAACUUAGUGACAAUGAUAUUGUCGGUCUUCAGGGUCUCUGUGGCUACGAGUCAGCGAUCCGAGGCCAACGCAGCCCUCUAUGCAAAGUCUUCACCGACGCCGAGUGGAUGUCCUACGAAUACGCCUGGGACCUCAGAUAUGCGCACAUGGUGGGGCCGAUGAACCCGCUGUCACCGUAUCUCGGAUUUCCAUGGCUGCAGGCCCAGAGCACUCUUUUCCAGCAGAUUGAUUCCGAAUCCGGCGCGACGAACACGGGUACAGGGUGGCCAGAAGGACAGCGUUUCUUCCUCAGCUUCACGCACCGAGAAGUCCCCCCUUUCGUGGCGACGGCCCUGGGAAUCUUCAACUCGUCGUCACUGGCGGUCGAGGAGUUCCCGACCGACCAUAUCAACUGGGUCCGAGCGUGGCGGAUGAGCGACCUCAUCCCUUUUCUUGGCCACGUCGGCAUGGAGAAGAUGACUUGUGACGAUCGGCCGGGCAGGAAGGGAGACUACAUCAGAGUCAUCGCCAACACGGCUCCGAGACCUAUCCCGUGGUGCCAGGACGGACCGGGAGCAAGCUGCUCGAUGGAGAAAUUCGUGGAAAUCAUAGCUAAUGGCUCGUCUAAGUACGGAGAUUUUCACAAGGUCUGUGGAGAUAGUCCGAAGUGA